CGCAUGACUCGUUGGAUCAGAAAUUUCACCUCCACUCUCUCUCUAGAAAAUCCCUUUUAUUUUUAUUCCUUUUUCUCUUAUUUUCUUUUCGAAUCGCAAUUCACACACAACCUUCCAGAUUAGGGUUUCCGACCUUUCUCUCUCUUCGUCCCCCCUCCAAUCCAACACUCGUCGUCUGCAAUUUCCCCCUUUCUGGUAAGUUCAAUCCCUUAAAUUUCAAUUAUUUUGUUUAUCCAUUGUAUAAAGGUUCAAUUUGUUUGAAAUUGCGUGAAACAUGCGCUGUUCUUUACCCUAAUUCUCCUUAGUUUACCAUUAAGAAGCUCAAAAUCACUUUUUGAACCCUAAUUUUAACAAUUUGAGAGGUUUGGAGGGAGAGAUGGAUGAUGCUGAAGGGGUUGGAGGAAGGGAUCAGGUGGAGCAGUUCCACCGUAAUGAAGCGAUAUCAGCGGUUACUGAUGAUGGUUUUGGCGAGGAAGAUGAUGAUUAUGAGGAUCUUUAUAAUGAUGUUAAUGUAGGAGAAGGGUUCUUGCUAUCGAUGAGGAAAAAUGAGGAAGUAGGGUUUAGGAACGAGGAAGAAUCUAAUAGGACUGAACCCCCUCAGUCUCAGCACCCCCCACCCUCCUUUAUGCCGGAGAAUGCCGGCUUGUCGAUACCAGGUGUUGGUCGGGGAGAAGGCGAGAGGAAGUUUGAGGGAGAUGUGGGUAGAGUAGAUGGGUUUCAGAAUCAGGGUUUAAGAGGGAAUGAUAUGGAUGUGAAGGGGCCUGUCCAGCCUAAUGGUGGAAUGGGUUCUGGGCAAGGGGCUGGGAUAUCAGGUGCAGAACGUGGUUAUGGAGGUGGACUGAGGGUUGAGUUAGGGCCACAGUCGAGUAAAGUAGGUGGUGUAGAAGAGCAAACGGCUAAUAGUAUGCCACCUCAAGGGAUUAGUCAACCUCAGCAACCUCAGCAACCUCAUGGGAUGAGUGUAGGAAAUGUUGGGAAUGAGGGAAUGGUUAGACAGGGUGGUGGAGGUGGGGUUGUGAACGGGACUGCUGGGAAUAUGGGGGGAACAGGAAGUUCUGCUGUGCAAGCUACGCCGAUGAGUACUGGUACUGGUAUGGGUGGUGGUGGAGGAGGAGGAGGUGGGAAUGUCCUUUUUGUUGGGGAUUUGCAUUGGUGGACAACUGAUGCAGAACUUGAAACGGAGCUUGUGAGGUAUGGGGAUGUUAAAGAGGUUAAGUUCUUUGAUGAAAAAGCUAGUGGGAAAUCAAAAGGGUAUUGCCAGGCUGAGUUUUAUGACUCUGCUGCUGCCUUAAAUUGUAAGGAGGGGAUGAAUGGACAUGUUUUCAAUGGCCGGCCAUGUGUUGUUGCGUUUGCUUCUCCUUUUACUGUUAAGAGGAUGGGUGAAGCUCAGGUUAACAGACAUCAACAGAUGACGCCACAGACACUUACGCAACCUAGGAGGGGCGCUACUGAAGCAGGCAAUAAGCCUACUGGGAACAACAUUGCAACUGGUGGCAAUUACCAAGGUGGGGAUCAAAAUAGGAAUUUUAUGAGAGGCGGUUGGGGGAGAGGCAAUCCUCAAGGCAUGGGCGGUAGGGGUCCAGUGGGACCUAUGAGGAACAGGCCUGCUGGUGGAAUGACUGGAAGAGGUAUCAUGGGGAAUGGUGGCAAUGGGUUUGGUCAAGGUAUGGGGCCAACUCCUCCUAUGAUGCAUCCUCAAGCGAUGAUGGGUCAGGGUUUCGAUCCUGGUUUUGGAGGGCCUAUGGGAAGAAUGGGCAACUACGGGGGCUUCCCUGGUGCACCUCAACCUCCAUUUCAAGGAUUAAUGUCUUCUUUUCCCCCUGUGGGUAAUGUUGGCUUGCCUGGGGUAGCUCCUCAUGUGAAUCCUGCGUUCUUUGGAAGAGGUAUGCCCAUGAAUGGGAUGGGUAUGAUGCCUAAUGCCGGUGUUGAUGGUCCUAAUAUGGGUAUGUGGCCAGAUCCCAAUAUGAAUGCAUGGGCUGGUGAAGAACAUGCCGGGAGAGCUGCAGAGUCCAGCUAUGGGGAGGAAGCUGUCUCUGAUCACCAAUAUGGAGAGGCAGGCCAUGACCGGAGUGCUUGGCAGAAUCCUGUUAAGGACAAGGAUAGAGUUCCUGAAAGAGACUUUUCAGGGUCUUCAGAUAGAAAGUUCAGGGAUGAUAGGGAGCCUGGGUAUGAAAGGGAUAUACCUAGAGAUAUACCUAGGGAAAAAGAGGUGGUUCAAGAUCAUGACUGGCCAGAUAGAAGACACCGUGAUGAUAGAGAUACUCGUGACCGUGAGAGGGACCGCGACCGUGAACACUCUCGUGACCGUGUUCGCGAGCGUUCUCGUGAUCGUGAAAGGGAAAGGGACAGGGACAGGGACAGGGACAGGGACCGUUACCGAGAAGACAGAGAUAGAUAUGCUGAUCACCAUAGGUACAGGGACCGUGAAGCAGACUACGAGGAGGAAUGGGAGAGGCGACCAUCAAGGACUCACAGUAAAUCCCGUGUUUCUCAAGAAGAAGAGCGUCCAAGAUCUAGAGAUGCUGACUAUGGGAAGAGGCGGAGGAUAACUUCUGAGUAGCUGAUAGUUACUACUAUGUCUGCUUUUGAACUCUGAUGACUGGUGGUUCACCUUGCUGAUUAGCUUCUUCCUUUGCUACCUUUGUUGGAUCACAAGUUAUGAUUCAUUUCUUAAGUCACUCGUGUACCUUUUGUUUCUGGGAUGUGCUCUUCUGCUCGUAUGUUGGAGCCUUGAAUCAGAGACUGAAGCUAUAAUGGGGGGGCUUCCUGGAGAUGAACAUACCUUGAGGUUUCCAAGUUGAAGUCGUAUGAAUGGUGUCGUCCUGUUCCUGCAAACAUCACCGGCAAACCUUUUAGAUGUUAGUUAAUCUUUUCAGUUUUUACGUUAUAGUUGGAAAAUUUCCAUGAAACCAAGUGUUGUGGUUGAUGACGCGUAUGGCUUGAGAACCUUAAGAAGUCUCAGUGUGGUGGCUUAUUCUAGAAAUUAAUUGCUAAUAUUUUGGAUGCUAUGUAAUACAGAGUAGGAUUUAGCUGCCAAAGGUUGUUUCUUAUGUGCUUUAUUUGUUGUUGGAUUUUGUUGUAUAAUUCUCUUAGCCUCCUCUUCUUUGUUGUAUUCUUUCUUUA